AUGGGCGAGGAGUACGCGCGCUCCCCUUGCGAGCGCUUCCCGACGGCGGGCGCGUUCAGCGUGGCGCCGCCGGAGCGGCUCAGCCCACCGCCGCCCGCGCCGCUGCCGGACCGCUUCUCGGCGUCGCCGCGGCGGGUCCGCCGCAGCGCGGAAGCGGAGCGCGCUCGGCUGCCGAGAUAUGUGCCUCCGGCGGCGCACGUGCCCGUGGAGCGAUAUGUGCCGCGUCCGCCAGCUCCACUGCGGCCGCCGCCGCCAGUGUACUGCGGACUGGCGUGCCGGCCACCACCAGCACCGCGCAAGUGCUGCGGCCCAGCAUGUCGCGAAGAUAUAGUCAGCUCGCCGCCUCCGACGCGUUACGCAGAGUACGUUGGAGCGGCGGCAGCUCGCCGGCUAGCUUGUACGCCGCCGCCACCGCCACCGCCAGCGUUACAGUUACCUUGCGAACCUCAAGAGCCGCCUUGCUGCGUGCAGGCUCGUCGAAGGCCACAGCUAGCGCAUGAUUGGUGA